CUCUCCUUAGUCUCAAAGAAGCAAAGUGUGAGUGGAAACACUGGGAAGGGAAGGGAAGGGAAGGGAAGGGAGGGAAGUGCAGCGAGUUUACUCAAAUGUACCAACCGGAGGAAAGCAUGGGACUUGUCGCAAGGCGCCUUGAGAAAAGUGGGUAAAGUAGGUGGGGAGCAGGCUCAGAGGAAGAAGAGAAAGUAGGACGCGGACAAGCAGAAGCAGCGGCUGGGGGCUUUUCCUCAGGUUGACAUUAAAAUGAAUGAUAUGCAAACGAAUGCAAAGCAGAUGCGAACGCCGGCCCCGAUGGCAGUGGGGAGAGCGGGAUCCUGAGCCCACUUGCCGCAGGUCGCCUGGCGCCUUGGGGACCAAGGCCGAGCGCGGUGGGCGGAGCGCGCCCCCUGCCGGCAGAACGCGCAGGUGGCCCUGGUCCCCCCGAAGGGCUUGUGAAGGGGGUGAGGGGGGGUGCGGCGACCGAAGGAGGGGCGCCCGCCUCCCGUCCCGGAGUAGACACCGCGGCUCCGGGAGCAGCGACGCCGUCGGGCUGCGACUGCUCCGAGCUAAUAGGAAGGAGAAGGCUGCAGCAAUGCCAGACUCCCCAGCUGAAGUGAAGACGCAGCCCCGGUCCACACCACCCAGCAUGCCACCCCCACCUCCCACCUCAUCCCAGGGAGCCACACGACCACCCUCCUUCACACCUCACACACAUGGCGAGGAUGGACCUGCGACGUCUCUACCCCAUGGCCGUUUCCACGGCUGCUUAAAGUGGUCCAUGGUCUGUCUCUUAAUGAACGGCAGCAGCCACUCACCCACGGCCAUCCACGGAGCCCCGUCUACACCCAAUGGCUUCAGCAAUGGUCCAGCCACCUCAUCCACCGCCUCACUGUCUACACAGCAUCUGCCCCCAGCAUGUGGGGCACGGCAGCUCAGCAAGCUCAAGCGGUUCCUCACCACCCUGCAACAGUUUGGCAGUGACAUCUCACCCGAGAUCGGGGAGCGAGUGCGCACACUGGUGCUGGGGCUGGUGAACUCAACUCUGACAAUCGAAGAGUUUCAUUCCAAGCUCCAAGAAGCCACCAACUUUCCACUGCGGCCAUUCGUCAUCCCCUUUCUGAAGGCUAAUCUCCCGCUGCUGCAGAGAGAGCUUCUGCACUGUGCCCGCCUGGCCAAGCAGACACCCGCCCAGUACCUGGCCCAGCACGAACAGCUGCUGCUGGAUGCCAGCGCCACCUCCCCCGUUGACUCAUCUGAGCUCCUGCUGGAAGUCAAUGAGAAUGGCAAGAGGAGAACACCUGACAGGACCAAAGAGAAUGGGUCAGACCGGGACCCUCUGCACCCCGACCACCUCAGUAAGCGGUCCUGCACCCUGAGCCCUGCCCAGCGCUGCAGCCCCAGCAAUGGGCUGCCCCACCCUACACCGCCCCCACCCCCGCACUAUCGCCUGGAGGACAUGGCCAUGGCCCACCACUUCCGGGACUCCUACCGCCAUCCUGAUCCCCGAGAGCUACGGGAACGCCAUCGGCCCCUCACCAUACCUGGGUCUCGACAGGAGGAAGUGAUUGACCACAGGCUUACAGAACGCGAGUGGGCGGAAGAGUGGAAACACCUCAACAGUGUGAGUGCCCAGCUCCUGAACUGCAUCAUGGACAUGGUGGAGAAGACCCGGCGGUCCCUCACCGUCCUGCGCCGGUGCCAGGAGGCCGACCGAGAGGAACUCAACCACUGGAUCCGGUGCUACAGUGACUCGGAGGACGGGAAGAAGGGCCCCAGCCCCAUCUCUACCCGGUCCCUCAACAGCUGCAGUGGCCCUGAGGGGUCUCAGCUAGAUGUUCACCGGGACUUCACGCCCAGGACCCUGUCUGGCUAUAUGCCCGAAGAGAUCUGGAGGAAGGCUGAAGAAGCUGUGAAUGAAGUAAAGCGACAGGCAAUGUCAGAACUACAGAAAGCCGUGUCUGAUGCGGAGCGCAAAGCCCAUGAACUCAUCACCACAGAGCGUGCCAAGAUGGAGCGAGCCCUGGCUGAGGCCAAGCGACAGGCCUCGGAGGAUGCCCUGACUGUCAUCAACCAGCAAGAGGACUCCAGUGAGAGCUGCUGGAACUGUGGGCGCAAGGCCAGCGAGACUUGUAGUGGCUGUAAUGCUGCGCGCUACUGCGGGUCCUUCUGUCAGCACAAGGACUGGGAGAAACACCAUCAUGUGUGUGGCCAGAGUCUGCAGGGCCCCGCAGCUGCAGUCGCCGACCCACUGCCUGGACAGCCUGAUGCCACUGCCAGCCCCAGCGAAGCCGGCUCAGCAGGGCCCUCUCGUCCCUGCUCUCCAGGGCCACCAGGCCCACUGGACGCUGCUGUGCCCCGCUGACCUCCAGACCUGACACCCAGCCAGCCCAUGGACGCCAUGCCCUGCCAACCUCCCGGCCCCACCUGGAGCCACUGCUGCUACUGCUUCUCUCCAAAAGAAAACACAGAUCCAACAAAACUGCAUCCAUGCAGCCCCAGCUACCUGACAAGGUCUGCCAGGACCUCUACAGCCUCUCGUCCGCAAGCACCCUCAGAAAGCACCGCAGAGCUUCAGACAGCGGCACCAGUGGGAGUGUGGCCGGCUCCGCUGCUGUCUGUCCCCUCUGUGUCCGUCUACCUUUCUGCGUCUGCCUCUAUGUAUCUCUUGAUGUCUUUGUCUCCUGCUGUUUCCCUGACUCUCCUUUGUCUCUGUCUUUGUAAAGUCCACAUGAUCUCUCUGUCAUCAGAGAAACCUAAUUGGUAGCUUUUAUUUUCCAUGAGGAACUUUUGGAGAUUUUUUUUUUUUUUUGACAAACAAGCUACUUAGAAAUGGACAAAGAAGCCUGUGGGGUUCUCCCCAUUCCUCAUGAGUAAGGGAAGAAACUGUGAUUUUUUUUUUUUUUUUUUAUUCAGAGUUGCUGUAUCACCCAGCCAGCCCCAGGGGGAUCGGCAUGCGCACAGCAGAGAUAAUGAGAACAAUUUCAGUUUCCAACUCAAGAAGCAGUUUUUGUUUCAGGUUUUAUUUCUUUUCUUUAAUGUCAAACUCUUUGGCUUUAAGUGGAAAAAGAAAAAAGAAAAAAAAAUCCAAAAAGUUUUUUUUUUUUUUUUAAGCAAAGGAAACAUAACCUGUAAACUACCUUGCCAGCUAGCCAGCCAAGGACGCCAGACACACCUCGCUCCAAAGGAAACCCAAAAAAAAGCAAACUCAAGAAAUCAAAAUCCAAAAUUUAUUUUUAUCACUGCCAAAGUAUUUUCUUCAUGGUCUCUCCACCCUGGGUUGGUUUGGAUGUCAGUCUUUGAUUUUGGCUUUGAUUUUUGUCAGGGGGUGUUGGGAUACUGGGAUUUGGUGGGUUGGGCCAAGAAGAAACCUUUUGUUCCUUUUUGACUAGUGGGCAGCAUCCUUACGGGGCAAAGCGGUCAGCAGCAAGGCCACGUGCCCCUCAGCACCACAGCCAGAAGCCCCAGUCAGCAUGAGCCUGAGCGUUGUGUGCCCUAGGGCUAUGUCCAUGUGUCCCUACACGCAAGGGAGGCACCUCCGUCUGUCCCCACACCUUCCUGGAACUUCUCAUAAGUCAUUUCCACUUGUGAAAAAAAAAAAGUGCUAAAGUGUUCUUCCCAGAGAGAGCACAAUUCCUAAAUGAAACUGUGACAAUCUUUUGGGAUGAUUCUUGACUGCUUUUGAGAGCAUAAGGAGACAGCGAAUCACGCUUUCUCGGUUUUCCCUCCUCUACCUCUCUGCUCUUCCAUCCCACCCUACCUCCAUCUCGGCUCCCCUCACCUACCCCCAGUGUCUUGCUGUGGCUACUCUCAUUUCUUUCAAACUUUUACAGAAAAAGAAAAAAGAAAAAGAAAAAACAAACAAACAAACAAACCACAAAAGCCAGCAGCCACCCGCACCUCACCUGGAACACUCAAGCCCAGCUGUACAUAUCCCUGUGUUGUAACCCCAAUGUUGGUCUCCAGCCCUUGCCCACCCUGCCCUCCACCUGCUCGACUCCCUCAAGGAUUCAAGGAGGAAAUGAAGGAAGAAGGCUCAUGCCUGUACCAAACAAAGAGACAGCAGACACAAUUCCAGGCCUGUACCUCUGUUGUGGCUGCAGCAAGCUGCAGGCCUAGCGUGCAAUAUGGGGGAUUGCUCCUGAACCCUGGGCCCAGGGGGCCCUGCCCAGAGCAAGGCGUGCAGCGUGUGUUAAUGUGAAUGUAAAUAGUCUCCACAGAGGUCCCAACCAUGGCAUCAGUACCAAGGAGAUGUUUGCCAAAUAAAAAGAAAUUAAGACAAACCACGGAAGUAUGUGAAAUUUAGGAAACACUUUGGAAGGAAUCUGAGCUGUGGUCCCAUGGGCUUGUUUGGUGGCUGGUAUUUCUUCACAACUGUAUAAUCAAUCAUUCUUUAACAGAACAUUCUAUGGAAGGAACCUGUUAGGCAUCAUCAACCUGGUGCUACGCUGAAUGGAGCCUGACAGCAACCCUUGCUCUGAAGGCUAAGGUAGAUCUCAUUCCCUGGAAGGUUCCUGAGGCCACAGCCCUCCAAGGCCACAGAGAUGUGUUUUUGUGGGUUUCAGAGAAGCCAGGACACAAAGCAGCCUCCCGCCCUUCUAGUGGAUCAGUCCUCCUGAGCGUCUGCCUGCAAACUCUGAGUCUGUGUGCUGGUAGAGACCUGCCUCCUGUCACAAAGAGCAUCACUGGAUUCCAUCCCCAGCUGUACCCCUGAGGUGCUUCUUGUCUCUGCUACCCCACAGCACGCAGCAUCCUUGGCCCUUCCAGAAAGGCAGGCCAGUGACCUCUGGUAGGAAAGAGUUCUGGGUGAUGGGGCGGUGAGCACCAUGUUUGUGGGGGGAAACAAAGUUAGGCCCUCAGAUUGUGCUUAAGAGCUGUAGUCUCUAGAAGUCUAGGCCAGGGUUCUGAGGUGGCAUCCCUGAUGACCUGUAUCCCUGGUGUCAGGACUUCAGAGUGCCUGCUCCUAUGUGGUCCAGCCAUUCUGAGGUAGGUCUCAGAGGGCCACCAGUUUGCUUUAGGUCAGACACUCCCUUUCCUACCCUUACCAGCCUUACCUACCUUUUAGGAACAAGAGGGCCCGCCACAGACAAUAAAACGAUGCCCAGCCAAAUUCGUCUCCGUGAACCAGGCUACAUAUUUAGGGUUCAUUAGAGACCCCAUCUGUACCCUAGCUGUUGAGAGCGAUAGCCCCUCAAGGCAGCUGUCAGAUGGCAUUCGACUACAGCGAGUCUCUUGUGUAUUUGGGAUUUGGCCAGCAAUUGUAGACCCCGAGGGUGAGAGCCCAGCAGUCUGCUAGGCAGAUCUCAGGAGUCGAGGCAAAGGCCCUAUCAGGGUGGCCAUAAGAUGGGGCUGGGAAGGGUUAGGUGAGGAAACCGGAGGCUGGAAGCUGCAGAAGGACAUCCCAGGUGUUGAUGAGGUCACCUGAGGCAGUGCCACCUGAGGCAAAGGGGUUUGGAGGAUAAGGUGAAGUCGCUAAGCCAGGCGCUAGGGCCCUAGCAAAGCUGUGGGUGCUGUGCUUAGACUCCAGCUACCCAAAGACCUUACAGCAAACAACCUCGCAGCUUUGGAAAGAAUAGGCUCCAUGGGUGUUCUGUCCUUUAUUGGGAGGUGUACCCUGGGUGGCCAUAACCGCAGCCUGCCCUUAGUUUCAACCUCCCGUCUGCCUAGGGCUCUACACAGAGCUGGGGGCAUGGCACUCCAUCUCUGACUCCUGCUAUCUUCUCCAGUUCACAAACCAUGGACCCAGGAACGACUAACUAACUGCUAGACCCUGCUUCCUGGUAACCACAGACAAGUAUGAACCAACCCCCCUAGGGGAUGUGGCUCUCACAGAGUCUUGCUCCCCCAAAACCCCAAAUCAAAAUGCCACUUUACGUGCUGUAAAGUGGCUAAAGCUAAAGCAGGCAGGCUGAGUGGAGAGGGCAGGUAGCCGGCAGAGCUCUCCAACCCCCAAGGCACAGCCCAGAUCCCAUCUCAGGACCUUAAGGCUUCUCGGCACAAGUCCUGUCUGUCCCAGCCCUGCCUCAGACCCAGACUGGCCUCUCCCUGAGGGCUGCCUGAGAGGCUUCUUUCUAGCACAGUCCUCAGAUCUGCGCAGGAGCGGAGGCCAGUGUUUCUCGUCCCACGUGUGGUUACAGCUGUAUAAGAACAGGCUAGAUGAUACCACAGCUCAGGUCCCACUGCCUGACGGGGGUGCCAAGGUGAGAAGAGCCAGCCCCCACAGGAGGGCCCAGAAGGAUUCAGUCAACAGGGACAUCCGUCAGAAGACCUGGGAGGGUCGCAGGUGAUGGAGAAAGCCCAGAAUGGGAGGCAGGGCCAUGGGCAGUGUUAUCUUGAGGCCACAGUGGACAGGGAUCAGGAUGGAACCCAAAGUUCUCAUUUAGUUUCUCCAAAUAAACCAUUAGGCUGACACCAAAGUAUCAUCCCUGGCAUCCAUCUGGACUCCUCAGCCUAACCUCACGGAUAGAUCAACGCUUUCCUGAGCUCGUCCUUCUGACGUGCGCAGCCAUCUUGCCUCUGCCCAUUCACCGUCCUCCUCCUGCCCUUCCAGCAACUAUCCCCCACCCUCAUCUAUCUACCUUGACCCAUCAGCAAAUCCAUCUGUCCACCUGUCUAUUGCUCCAUCCAAACUGUCUCUCUACCCUGCCAUCCCAACAUACCAUUCUUAUGUCCAUAUGCCUUCGAGCCCCCCACGCACACAACCAUCCCCAGGUCCAUGUUCCCUAUCACCUCUCUAUCCACUGUACUCAGCGUUCUAUCAGCUCCCUCAGUGUACCAAAGACACCAGGUCCUCCCACGCCCUCCACUCUGCUUGCCCUAAACUGGCCAGGGCUGCUCUAGGAAUACCUACCCAUGAGGCAACAGGCGCCUCCCACCCCCAGCACUCUGCCCCACUGUGGCAUCCAGACACCUCCAGAAAUGAGUUCUUACCAUAGGUGUUGUGGGCAGGUUGGACACGUUCUUGUGGCAGCUGUGACAUAUCUGGAGCUGCUUAGGGAGAGAAGGGAGCAAGAAUUGUGCUGGGAGUUGGUCUGUCCACCUGCUCACAGGCUCUGGGAGGCUGUGUUAGGCAGCCAUGUUCCCUGAAAGUAGGGCAAAGUCCUUGUUUCCAGGAGUCUGUCCAGAAGAGAGAUCUCUGAAGAGGAGAACAAACCAGAGCCAGCCUCCUUUGAAACAGGAGUGCUCUUAGUCCCCUGUACCCCGGACUCGUGUGCACUAUUCCCAUCGUCUCUGUUAGGAUUCCAAGGAGCUCAGAGUUGAACCUGUCCAGUCUGCCCCUCCUAGAUCCACUAAUGGUGGAUCCACCCAGAUCUGCUGGUUGUUUGGGGCCAUCCACAAGCUCCCCUGGUAACUCAUUGCUCUUCCUGAAGCUCCUACUAUGUAGGGAAGUUUCUGAAACAAGGCUGGGGAGAGACUCCUGGAUUACCAUCAUGAUGGCUAGAGGAAGAGAAGGUGGGAAGGGAAACCUGAGGUGAGCUGGGCUCAGGGGAACCAUCUAGUCCUGGAGACAGCUCACAGACAAAGCCCAGGACAGUCAACCGACAACUCAUACAAGUCCCCAAUUUCUAGAAACCUCUGUCUUGUGUUCUGUUCCUUUCCCUUCAAUUCAGAUGGCCCUUAGGGUACCAAGCCAGACUGGGAGACAGGGAUGCAGCAUCUGACUCAAAGUAUAGCCCGCUCAGCCCAGACAAGAGGCCCAGCAGCCCUCAGCUCACACCAUACCUGGGUGGGCACAGCAGCACACAGCCUGCCGGGGAGCCACUGCUUCUCCUGCCACAGGAGCUGGGAGGAGAGCACUGGAUGUUUAGUUCACAGAAAGCUGUGUUCCACAGCCCUGUACAUCUGGGUGCUGUGUCCCGCCACCCACUUCUAUCUACUGCUGUCCUAUAUGUUUGCCCUGUGGGCCACGGACACGGCGAUCAGGUUAAUUACAUCUGUGUAAUAAAGUAAGUGUUUGCUAUGA